AUGUCGAAGCGACCAGAGGCGCAACUGCAGCCUUUCCUGACGCAUGAUGGAAAUCACAUCGACGGGACGGCUCAAGAGGGAAAAGAAACACAGAAAUGGCGGAAGAGCUUGUAUAUGUUUAUCGCACUGGGACUCGCAGUCCUCUGUAUCAAUACCGGCUUCCUAGUUUGGGCACUGCGCACAAAAGGCGCAACGAACGGCAUUGGCAUACUCUACGAAGCGACCUGUGAUUAUACCAAGAAGGUCAACAUUGGCGUACAUUUGCUCAUCAAUAUUUUGAGCACCGCAAUUCUGGGUGCGAGCAAUUACUGCAUGCAAUGUCUUUCGGCCCCCACCCGACCCGAGGUCGAAGACGCACAUCGCAAGGGAAGCUGGCUCGACGUCGGUAUACCCAGUAUGGGAAAUAUCAUGUCUUCUAGCUUUGGGGCGCGCAAGAAGAUGUGUUGGUGGAUUCUCGGAUUGUCUUCGUUUCCCUUGCAUCUUUGCUACAACUCGGUAGUCUUCAUGUCCACCUCAGCCCAGACAUACGGAGCCUUCGAAUUUGGCCCCGAGACAAAGGCCGCAAUUGAGAAUGGCACUUUCAAUGGCACAAUGAACACUACUAGUGCGGGAGGUUAUUAUAGCAACCCAUAUGUCUACGGUCAAGUGUACGCAGAAGCUUUCAAAGCAGGGCGGCUUGAGAACCUUACACUCCGCGAGUGCAUCGAUGAUUACAGUGCCACUUUCCAAUCAACAAGAGGUAAUGUCUUUCUCGUCGUUGACGAAGGCGUCAUGGGAGCCGACGAGAUAUACGGCACAUUCAACUACAUCCAGCGCAGUGGUACAUGCUCGGCAGACACGGGCACGUCAUGGAUCUACAGACAAUUCGAAAAUGAAGCCGGUGAGUGUUUCCAACAGCAAGCCGGUCGCUUCUUGCCUCGGCUACAGGAUGAUCCGUCGAUAUGGGCACCGUUUGCUGGUCACCCAGUGCGAAGUUGCCUCAGUGAGCCCACGGGCCCGACAUGCAAGUUGAGCUUCAGUGUUCAUCUCAUGUUGAUAGUCAUUGCGUUCAAUGUGGUGAAGAUAUCUGCCAUCUUGAUCGGCCUCUUCACUCUUCGCAACGACCCGAUGUUAACAGUUGGAGAUGCGGUGGCAUCGUUUCUUCGCGAGCCAGACACAGUAGCGCAAAACAUGUGUCUUGUGUCCCAGCAAAAUAUCCACACCGCAGGAAAAGGAUGGCCGGCACAACAACAACCAAGGGCAUUUACAAUGAGCUCCGGCAGAUGGUCUUCAGCAGUCAAGAGAGGAAAGCGAUGGACCGUCCGUCUCGCCCUCUUCACAGGCAUCAGCGUCCUAAUCUUCCUCUUCUUCUACGCCUACAUAUCCAUCCGCGGCGACAACAGCCUCCGCAGCAUCCUAGGCAUCGGCCUCGGCAACGUCGAUCCCCGCACCAUCGUCCAAGACGGCACCGCCUCUUCCGGCCUCACAGGCGUCUUCUCAAACGUCUUCGUAGCCAACUCCCCGCAAGUAAUCAUCUCCUUGAUCUACUUCUCCUACAAUGCGGCCAUCACGUCUAUGCUACUGGGAGACGAGUGGUCUGCGUUCUUUACUCGGUAUAAGCCGUUGCGUGUUUCGACGAGUCGACGCGGACACCAGCGCAGUACGUAUUUUCUGCAGCUUCCAUAUCGGUACGCGCUGCCACUGCUGGGAUUCUCGACGCUGCUGCAUUGGUUGGCGUCGCAGAGUCUGUUUGUGGUGUCGGUCGAGUUGUAUAAUAUGCAUGGCGUGCAUAAGGAUUUUAUCUCACUCUCGUUUUCACCAUUGGGUAUUUUGUUGUCGCUGAUCGUUGCUGUUGUUUUGGUGAUCGGUAUGUUCAUCUUGGGGAGGAAGAAGCUGAGUCCUGCGCCCAUGGUGGGAUCGUGUAGUGCUGCCAUCGCUGCGUCUUGUUAUGCAAGGCCGUAUGAAAGUGAGCCCUGGGAGAAGGAACUCAAGUGGGGUGCUUUCACGCUACAUGGUGACGAGCAGUAUUUUGGUAUGCCGCACUGCGGUCUCUCGAGUCUUGAGGUUUCUCAGCCUAUUGCUGGACAACUAUAUGCUUAG